AUGUCGAGUGCGAACACUGGUGCUGCUGGGACGGGAAGCACAGGCACCGGUAUUGGAGCUAAAAUCAAGGGAACGGUCGAUGUUAUUCAUGGAAUAGGCGAAUCUCUACGCGGAAGGGCCAUGGGUGCCGUCGACACGGCCAUUGGCCAUGACGGUCAGCAGCAUGCGUCGAUCGCAACCAAGGGUCGCGAAGAGGCAGAGAUGGGGAUCGCACGGAUGAAGGGGCAGAGCGGUACCACAACGGGCAGUGCCGCAAACCCGCCCGCAGACGCUGUGCGGGGCGAUGGAACGCGGUACCCCGGUACGGGCGCAGCUCCGGGGCGCGAGGAACAAUAUAAUUCAGGUGCUCAAGGAGGUCAGCACGGAGGCCACGCAGGAUUAGGUCGGUCUGGAGAUGACAGGGCUACGGGUAACCUCGUCCAAGGAGAGACGCAUUCUUCAGGCGGCCUUGGUCGCGGGCUUGGGACAGGGGCCGGUGUCGGUGCGACCGCUGCUGGACUCGAAGGAAACCACCACCAUCCUCACCAAUAUGACGAUACGAACAUGCAUCAAAAUCAAUUCGGCGAAAACGAGGACAACGAACCACACGCAUAUACUGGCUCGUCAGGCACAGGUCUCGGUCAACAAGAACCACCUGGCACGGGUGCGCCUGCAAGGCAACUCGCAGGACACAUGGCCACUGGUCAUUACGAAGGCGAUCAUGCUUCAGGAGAUUCAGCCGCGGGAGAGAAGCAUUCAUCAAGCGGUCGUGGUCGUGAGCUCGCAACGGGAGCCGGUGUCGGUGCCGCGGCUGCUGAUCUCGAAGGAAGCCAUCGCCACUAUCAUCACCAUAACGGUGCGGGCCAGAAUCAAGAUGAAUCCGGUAGAACUGGAGCGGAUUCUGGGCUUGGGUCUGGCAUUGGCACCAGAACUGGAACGAACGCUGCUCCUUACGGCGCGCGCGCAGUUCCGGGGCAAGAAGAACAGUACGGCACGAGUACACCUGCAGGACAGACAGGUGGUUAUGCGGGAUCUAGUUGGCAUGAGGGUGGCAGAACUCCAGGCGAUCAUUCCGUCGGUGAACGGGGACACUCAAUAGGUGGUCUUGGUCGUGGGGCUACAACAGGAUUCGGUGCUGGUGCAGUUGCUGCUGCUGUCGAAGGAAGGCAUCGCCACGACGAGGAUAGAACUCACAACGAGCCCCACAACUCAUCCCACAGAUUUGGCGGUAACGAUGUUGGUGGAGCGGAGCAUACAGGCAACGGCAGCUACGCUAACUUCACAGGCGUUCCAAGCGUGCCAAACAAGGACUAUUCGGGGUUGGGUGAUCGUCAGGUUGGGAGCGAUUCGCGUGCCGCCGGCGCGGGCCAGCAAGGUCGCACAGCUGAGGGAUUUGGCGGAUCUGAAGUUCCAGGCGUGCCGAGAGGUGGACAAGGCGCGGCUCGGAACGAUCAAUAUGGUCAAAACAACGAUCACUCUUCAGUUGGCAAUGGCCUGCGCUCAAGAGGUGAUGGCAAUGGUUCUGGAGUUUAUGCGCACGCAGGCCAAGAUUCCGCUCACGAUGAGUUUGGCCAGGGAAGCAUUCCGGGGAUCUCGAGGCAUGGUCAAGGAGAUUUAAAGGCCGCUGAGUAUGGACAGGGUCAUACCAUGGGAGACAGGACUCAGCACACUGCAUCGGAGGCUGAAAGUGGCGCAUAUAGCGGCCAAGGUCAUCCGUCUCAGAGCGGUGCGUCCGUAGGAGGGUUUGGCCAAAGCGGUGCAGGUCAAGACGGGUCCAGUUUCGCUGGAGUUCCCGGCGUCUUCCAAAGCGACAAGCAAUAUGACUCUCGUCAAAGUGAAAUUCCGAGCGAUCGUGCUCCAGCGCGAGGCCAGAGUGAAUUUGCAGGAGUUCCCGGAGUUCUUCAACAGGGCGACCAGUCUGCUGGGGAUGCUCCUCCGCUUCCUCGUCGAAACGAGCAGCCGAAUGUGCCACGCCGUUGAGUCCGGUUUCAUACGUUCAUGAACCUAAUCAGGAGAUGUGUUAUCGUGUAGUGCAAGAGUUGCAAUGAGGACGAUGUAUGAUAUGCAGUCGCGAUUAGUUUACUUUGAUUUUUUGGACAAUUUAUGCCACGUACUACGC